GAUUACUUUGAAGCACCCCAGCAUUUCUCCCCUGUCUCACGCCCAUGUGAGGAACCAAUAACAUGGGAUAAAUUACCAGCACUGCAAAAGCCUGAACUCCCAUGUUUACAGCCCUGGCCUAAACCCCAUUCUCCCCCAGCCAUGAUCCCAAAGCCGGCACUUUGAAAAACCUAAACCUGCUUUUCUCACAAGAUUGUGAGGACUCAUCUGUGGAUUGGAUGGAGACAGCAUAGAACUUCUUUUCUUGAGUGGGAUUUAACAUCAACCGGGUGAAACAGUCCAAAUAAGAUUACACAAGCAAAAUAAAAGGACACUCGGCUAGUACCACCAUGGCUCGGGCUACUAAAGGUCCCGUAGUGAAGUCCAUCCCUCCCACUGCUAGGACAGCACACUCAGACUCACUUACUGCCCAGAGCCUUGGAAUUUUACGAAUCAUGAAUCGUCCGGCACAAUGGGUGGUCAUCAUCACACUUCUGAUUUCUUGGUCAAUAGCAGGUGUUAUCAUGUUUGAUUUUGUCAGUGACAAUCAGAUUGCAAGCAUCCAGGAUUUUGGCUCUGAUCCAGUGCUAGCAGUGAGCAAGGCCAUUGAAGGCAUUGAAAAAAGGAUAAACCAUAUGAACGACAUGCUUUAUGAUGCUAUCGAGUAUGCCACUGAAAUAAUAUUUAAUCCGAGGGACGCUAUUAGUUUAGCAGCCGACUCUUCUGUGUCUUAUCUGUCAGGAAUAUUUAGUGCCGAUGGAGAUUCAGGAGUCACUGAAACAGUGAAAUAUGCUGGCACUGUAUUGGAUGAAGCUACAGAAUGGAUCAGAACUCCAGUGAGCUACUUUUUCCACUUGUUUGAAGACAUAUUGGCUAUAGCGAUUACUCCAGUGGACAUGAUCACUGAAGUUGCUGUGCAAAUUUUAAGUGGGAUCAAGACCAUUAUACAAUACAUUUCAGCCAUGUUUGGGGGUAUUGAAGGCAUCACUGAAACAGUGAAACUUGGUGGCACUGUAUUGGAUGAAGUUACUGAAUGGAUUAGAUUCCCAGUGGGCUACUUAUUCCACUUAUUUGAAGACAUCUUGGAUGUAGCAAUCAUUUAUCCAGGGGACAUUGCCACUGAAGCAGUUCUGCAAAUUUUAAGUAGGAUCAAGACCAUUUCUUCAGCCAUAUUUGGGUACAUUGAAGCUUGGUUUCCCAAAUUGAGCACGGAUCCUGAAGGACUGGCUGUAAUUGUUGUAGAGGAGGCCACAGACAUAAAGACCACUGUCUCUAAUUACCUAACCAGUCUGAUAACAGUGGAUGAAGGGGGUAUUCCUGACAUUAGCUUUGAUCCCAUGAAAGUUGUCACAGACACUGUUGAGGAGUUUGCUGACAGGAGAGAUAUGUUCAUGGCCUAUCUCUUCAACAUGGAAGACAAAGGUGACACACCGCAAGUUAUAAGACGAAAAGGAGAAUUUCUGCCACCUAUAGAAAAAGUUCUUGAACAAGUGAAAGAAGCCAAAGAGAAAAAAGCUAGAGAAGAGAUUUACAAAAUCAUUCAAGAUAUGAGGGAAAAGGAGGCUGAAGGUAAAGAGGAAGAGAUAACACUUCAACAAAUAAAUAUAACAGUAGAAAAAGUCAAGAAGGAAAAGAAGAUAGAAAAGGCUAAAAGAAAAGAAAAAUCCAAAGAGGACGAGACUCGAGAACCAGCAGAAAAGGACACCAAGAAAACAACUGAGAAAAAGGUCAAGGUGACUAAAGUGGACCAGGAAGCCCCUAUAAAAAAGAAGAAAUCUGAACUUAAAAUGGCCAAAAAAGAGACCAAACCAGCACAAUCUAAGAAAGAGCCUCGAGUUACAAAAGAAAAGGCUAAACCAGCUCGUUCAAAGAAAGUUGCUGUUGAAAAACCAAAACUUGCUCCUGGAAAGAAAGAGCCUAAGGUUUCUAAAGAGAAGGCCAAGCUGAAACCCUCAAAGAAAGCUGAAGAGAAACAAAGACCUGUUCCUGUGAAGAAAAAGGCUUUAGCACCCAAGGACAAAAUUAAACCGGCCCUUUUGAAAAAAGAAGAAAAGCCAACAACCACCACUGUUAAAAAAGAGCCUGCAGUUGCAAAAGAGAAAGUCAAACCAGUGCCUUCAAAGAAAGAUACUGAAGCUACUAAGGAUAAAGUGAAACCAGCCCCAGUUAAGAAAGAACCUGCAGUUUCAAAAGGGAAAGCAAAAGCCAAAAGUUCCAAAAAAGAGGCAGAAGUUGCCAAAGACAAGCAUAAACCUGUCGCUGUGAAGAAAGAAACUGCUGUUGCAGUUAAAAAAGCAAAACCAAAAGCUGAACCAAAGAAAGUUACCAAAGAGAAAGCUAAAGCAGAACCUGCAAAGAAAGAACCUGAGAUAACCAAAGGAAAACUGAGGGCACCAAAGAAAGAGGCUAAAGUCAUCAAGGUGGAAACCAAACCAGCUCCUGCAAAGAAAGAGGCUAAAGUCAUCAAAGGUGUUAAACCAGCUCCUAAGAAGAAAGAGGCUAGAGUCAUCAAGGAAAAAGUUAAACCAGCUCCUGUAAAGAAAGAAUCCGAAGUCAUCAAGGAGAAACAUAAACCUGCUCCUGAGAAGAAAGAAGCUGAAAUCAUCAAGAAGAAAGUUAAACUGGCUCCUGUAAAGAAAGCACCUAAGAUAAUCAAAGAAAAGCCAAAGCCAGCACCAAAGAAAGAGACUGAAGUCAUUAAAGAAAAAGCUAAACCAACUCCUGGAAAGAAAGAGGCCAAAGUCAUUAAGGAGAAAGUUAAACCCACCUCUGUAGAGAAAGAGCAUGAACUUCAUAAAGAAAAGGAACCUGGACAUAUGCCAGAACCUAAAAAGAAAGGUCCAGAGGAAAAGGCAAAACCAGUCCUUGAAGAAAAGGAACCCAAAAUGAGUAAAGAAAAGCCAAAGCCAGCAACAAAGAAAGAUGAUGUUGGACUUUGGUUUGGACUCGGAGCUCCUGAACUCUAUCAACCAAAAACUGUCUGUUCUGGAUUCACUGAGGAAGGACAUAGGUGAAAUGAAGAGUGAUCUGGAGUCCACUCAAAAUCAAAUUACACUUUUACGAAUGGACAACAGAACAAUCAAAGAUCCAAAGACUGUUGGUUGUAAAAGCAAAACCAGCAGUCUCCAAGGAAAAGGUCAAAACAGCAAAAAAAGAUCAUGAUGCUCUGAUGAACGUUACAGCACAUAUUAAAGCAGAACGUGAUGCACUGAAAAACAUCACUAAACCAGCACCUGCAAAGAAAG